UUAUUAUUCUUACCUUUCUGUUUCGAUACUCGGCGCACCGUGUAACCGCGUGUUCCGUAUGAAAUCGCAGAGAUCUUGGCCGCAAAGUUAAGGCUAGAACGUGUUGGUUUACCGCAAUGCGGUUGUCGACAUAUCCCAUCCUCUUCGCCUUCUGCGGGCUGGCGUCAGUUCGCGGUGAAGGCGAAAUCACAUUCGAGGAUGUGAGAGACAAAUUACCCAAAACUUACAGCGGGCAGGGAGGGGAGCCCGGCCCGAAAUAUUUCAAGGAAUCUUCCUUCCAUUAUCACUAUGACGGGCGCUUUGCAGAGAGUGUCCUUCCCGAAGAAGAAACCCUCCCGCAUCUGUCCGCGCUCAUUCAGACGUACUUGUCAACGAUGGCCGAUCUUGGUGCCGAAACAUGGAUAAUGCACGGCUCGCUUCUGGCUUGGUGGUGGAAUCAGAAGAUCUUCCCGUGGGACAACGAUCUUGAUGUUCAGAUCAACGAGCCCACGAUCCACUUUCUUGCCGACUACUAUAACAUGACAGAGCAUCAUUUUGAUCUCCCUGACGUUGAAGGCGGGCGUACCUAUCUUCUCGAAAUCAAUCCCAAUUAUGUCGUUCGGUCGAAGCUGGAUAAAGCGAACGUGAUCGACGGGAGAUGGAUUGAUACUUCCUCCGGGUUAUUUAUUGACAUCACGGCUGUUCGGGCAGAUGAUGAGCGCCGAGCGAACGGUCAACCUGGCGCUCUGAUGUGCAAGGAUCGUCACAACUUUGAUGAGUCUGAAAUCUACCCUCUGCGAAACAGCUAUUUCGAAGACGUACCUGCGAAGAUCCCGUACGCAUAUACCAAACUUCUUCAAGACGAGUACGGCGCCAAAGCCUUGACCAAAACAAAUUAUCAGGGUCAUGAGUUCAACGAGCAGACAAACCUUUGGGAGAAAAUCAAGUAUGUUCGCGGCGACGAAACGUUUCCAAGAUUCCGGUUCGAACUACGCCUCUUCAUCGUUUAUACAGCCCACCAGAUAACUAGGGCAUUGUCUAACCUCUCGCUCCCUUAA